AUGAGAUCUGGAAGAGAAGAACCAGGAUCAAAGGAAAAACUUAUAAAUUUAGAAAAUGAACUGACAUCUUGUAAACAUGAUCUUGAAUUGCAAAAAGAAAAGAUGAAACAAGAACUUGUUAAAGAGAGAGAAAAUUAUGAGAAAACCAUUAAGAGUUUAGAACAACUUAAUAAGAAACAAGAGAAAAACAUCUUGCAAUUACAGCAAUCUUUGGAAAAUUAUGUAACUCAUUUGAAACCAAAUAUUGAUAUAGAUAUUGAAAAAGUACGAAUACUUGCGCAAGAAUAUGGUUGUUUAGAUGAAAUUAACGUCGAAAAUCCAAAUAAGCCGUUUAUUAAGGCCAUUUUACAAUGCAAAGUAUUAGAUCAAGUGCAAUUUCUUUCUUAUAUAUUAUCUAAUUAUCGAGGUUCAGAUUUCUCACUUAAAUUGGAUAUAAAUUUAAAAACAUGA